AUGAUGGCAACAUCAGCUUCUGUUUGGAAGGCUUUUCGUGUCUGCCCGGCAGACCCCCUCGCUCUCUCUCACCCACAGGCUAACCACAGCCAAUCACAGGGGUGCAGGGGGGAGGUGUCAGAGGAGAGUCAGCACUUAAUUGGUGAUGGUCUCACUGACUGGAUGACGGAAGAAGUGGAUUUCUCCUCAUACCUCCCAAACCCCCCUUCCCCUCCCUCCUCCACCGGUGCCUCCCUUCCCCCCUCACCCCUUCAGAAUGAUAUCCAGGUGCCCUCUGACUUGGAGGUCAUGACCUCCCUGCUGCAGGAGGAACUCGCCCAACUAGAGGACUACUUCCUGUCCGAGCCAGUGCCCGAAAAGGGGCCGAGGCUAGGGAAAUGCGACAGGGGUCCUCUGCCGGCGGGUCCUCAGCCGUACAGUCAGCUGCCAUAUGCAUCAUACUCGACAUCCAACCAACCGGACACCAGCCCACUUCUUGUCACCCUGGCAACGGGAGAACUGGACCUGCUUAGUAUCUGUGGCGGGCCCAUUGGGCGAUCAAAAAUUCCAAGACACGCCCCGUACAGCUGCAGUCGCCCCAGUGGGUGUAGUAGGAAAAGAGUCCCUGACGGUGUGAGGUUCAGUGAAGGUUAUGAUAACAGUUUGUUGAGUUCCAAAGGAAGCAGCUCAGGUAACUCAGCGGUGGACCUGUCAGGAAAUUAUUGCUGUGGAGAAGACGAGCAGCUGGUAGAAAAUAGCUAUUGCCUGGGUAGUGCAGUUGAAGUCAGACGAUGUGCUGCUCUAGCCAAAGAGGACAAAAACUGCUGUUUCAGUCAAGAUGUUAUCGGUGGUGGGAAAGUUGUUGGUGGAGGUUUUGGCUUUGGUGGAUCCCUGGAUGUCCCACACAAGAAAGAGGAUUUGUUGAUGUAUAGCAUGAGGGAGGUCAGUGGAAUGGCUGGUUGCAAAGAUGUGCUGAACAGCAUCAAGAGCAGCGUAGAGGUGACAAAAGGUUCCGUCUGUUGGAAGACUGAGAGCAACGAAGGCUGUUAUCUUCCACCACCACAGCCCGAGGCCUAUCCUAGCUUCUUAGGCAGUGUCAAUGAGCAGCUCAAAUCAGAGAGUCUCCAGUUAAGGCAACAUGAUCUACACUGUAAUUUCCUCGAGGAUCAGGCCCCAGAGUGUCUUUUAAUGGCCAGGGAGAGUCUUGACUUGGAGUCGUCAGGGCACAGACAAGCAUGUAGGCUAAAGGAAGACCACUGUGACUCAGAGUUUGACCUGGACAUCACACCGGGUGAAGGCGGGGAACGCAAACAGAAGAAGAGAGAUCAGAACAAAACUGCCGCUCACAGGUAUCGCCAGCGAAAGAGGGCGGAGCUCGAUAUUUUGGAGGAACAGCUGCACGGCCUCGAAGGGAGGAACCGGGAGCUCCGGGACAAGGCAGAGUCCGUAGAACGUGAAAUCCAGUACGUUAAAGAUCUGCUGAUCGAAGUUUACAAAGCCCGUAGCCAAAGGCUGAAGCAGGACACAACAGCGUAA